CUGCAGCAGGGAGCAAGAUGGACAGUGAGUGCCGCAGGAGGUGGAAGGCCAGGCUUGCCCUGAGGCGGGACAUCUUCAAGGAGUUCCUGGCGGAGUUUGUGGGGAUAUUUGUCCUGAUACUCUUUGGAUGCGGUUCAGUGGCCCAGGCCGUCCUCAGUAAGGGGGCACUGGGGGAGCCCCUGUCCAUCCACCUCGGCUUCACUCUGGGACUCAUGAUGGCCGCCUACAUUGCAGGAGGGGUGUCAGGUGCACAUGUAAACCCGGCAGUCUCUCUUGCCAUGGUGUUGCUCGGCAAGAUGUCCUGGAAGAAGUUUCCUGUGUACGUGGCCGCACAGUUUUUGGGAGCCUUUGUUGGAGCCUGUUGUGUCUAUUUUUUAAAUUAUGAUGCUUUAAUGGACUACAGUAAGGGAGAAUUUCUCGUUACUGGAGACAACGCCACAGCUGGCAUAUUUGCAUCUUACCCUGCUAAACAUCUCUCCAUCCUCAAUGGAUUUAUGGACCAGGUGGUGGGGGCUGCUGCGUUAAUUCUCUGCAUCCUCGCCAUCACCGACUCCAAGAACAUAGGCGCCCCCAAAGGCAUGGAGCCCCUCUGCAUCGGCCUGGUCAUCAUGGCCAUCGCCGUGUCCAUGGGCUUGAACUGUGGCUAUCCCAUCAACCCAGCCAGAGACUUAAGCCCACGACUGUUCACUGCGGUGGCUGGAUGGGGCGUGGACGUGUUCAGGGCUGGGGGAUGCUGGUGGUGGAUCCCUGUGUUUGGGCCCAUGGUGGGCGGCGUGGUGGGAGCUGCUAUUUAUUUUUUCUUCAUUGAGUUGCACCACAUCGACGUCCCGGAACAGGAGGAAAACAACGUCCAGCAAAAGUAUGACAUUGUAACUUUGACUUAAAUGGACCUAUAUGCUCACUUCAACUUCACACCUCAUAUAAAGCAGAAAAAGCAUGUCGCUUCUCCCAACCAAUCCACAAAGAC